CGUGUGGCCUCAGUGUGCAAGAAGGUAGUGAGCACUUUUUCAUUUAGUUGGAAAAAAAAGAGAGACCUUCUGACAGCACAAGCGCGCCACAAUCUACCUCAGCUAAAGCUGAUCACAGAGUCACCAACUAGAUGGGGCUCUAAACUGGCCAUGAUGGAGAGAAUUCUUGAACAGGAGAAGGCCCUGUCUGAAGUCCUCAAGAUUGACAAGAAAACAAAACAUCUGGCUCUGUCAUGGCAAGACCUGGAUGUGAUGGAGCCCUUAAAGAAAGCCCUGGGACCACUAAGAGACUUCACUGAUGCCUUCUCUGGGGAGGACUAUGUGAGUGUGUCGUAUGUAAAGCCUGUACUGCACCUUCUUCAAAACAACCUGCUGAAGGCAGAAGACAAUGACUCAGAGUUGUCAAAAAAAAUAAAGUCCACUGUGAAUGACUACCUCAUGGAGAAAUACAGUGAUCCUGCCACUGAUGCUCUGCUUGACAUGGAAUCACUUGUAGAUCCAAGGUUCAAAACCCAGUACAUUGAUGCUGCUAAAAGGAUAGAAAUUGAAGAGAGAGCUGUCACUGAGCUUCACUCCCUGUCUCCAGAACCAGAGAGCCCACAACCUUCCACCUCCAUGGCCAAGAGUGGUUCCUUUACAAAUCCACCAAAGAAAGUGAAGCACUCCUUGGGCAGCUUUCUGAAAGCUGCUUCAGCAGCUCCUUCAACCUCUGUGGAACGAGAAGCUCCCUCUGUGAAGGAGCUUGUUGAAAAGGAGCUACAUUCCUACUUGGCACUCCCCAACAUUGACAGUGAGGUAAAUCCUCUAGAAUGGUGGAAGGUACACAAGGUAAACUUUCCAAGAGUCAGCCAGCUUGCACUCAAAUACUUGUGCAUACCUGCCACAAGUGCCCCAUCUGAACGGGUGUUUAGCACAGGUGGGAACAUUGUUACUUGCCAAAGAGCAGCCCUGAAACCAGACAAAGUGGACAAGCUGAUUUUCUUGGCCAGAAACCUGUGAAAACUUUGAUUUUCUUUUUAGAAUUUUUGUGAAUAGUUUUUCAAAUCAGAAACAGUUGUACUGAAGUGUGUUGUGUGUGUGUUCCAAGUGUGUUGCACUGAAGUGAAGUUGUAAUUUUUAAACUUCCUAUUGUUUACUGUUAUUUAUUUUUGGCAAUACAUUGUUUAACUAAUCAAUAUGACUGUUUUUUAGAAAUGCACUUUAGAAGUUGCACAAUAAAUGUAAAAGAUUGGUACUGUACAACUAUCAUUUUAAGUGUUGCUGCUAAAUUUGCAAUUGUUUUAUAUGAAUUUGAUAUUUUUACAUUUGAUAUUUUUGUUAUUAUAUUAUAUUUACUCUUUGAUUUAAUUAUUUUUUGAUUUAAAGUAGUAUUCCCUCAGUUGCUGAGGCACAGUUUUUAGUUAGUUUCGCUGUUUUACAUAGUUUUAAUGUUGAGUGAUUUUGUGCUGUUGCAAAUGAGUGUGUUUAUGAUGACAAAAAUUGAAUAAAUAUAUCUAUUUUUCAAAAUGUGUUUACUUCUUUCAACUAAAAUCAGUAUAAUUCCUUUUUUGUCAAUUUGAAUUUGUCAAUUUAAAAAAAUCGUGAUAAAAUCGAAAUCGUGAAAUGAAAUAGAAAAAAUCGUGAUUUUUUUUUUUUGCCAUAUCGCCCAGCCCUACGCUCAAUUAUUGUUGCUCACUCCCUUGCUCCAGACGAAUUUGGAUCCUUCGGAUACUGGCCAUAGUUUGAUACACUUAAAUAAAAUAAUGUAAUCCAUCUCUUAACUUUGAAGUUUGGUUACAAAUAGAAGUGGAAAAAUUCUGGAAAACAUAAUUUCAGGGAGAAAUGUAUGUUAAUUUGAUAUCUAAUUAUCAAAAACCUGCCUUUAUAAGAAAAGUUCGCCUUUAUUAAUCUUUUACACCUUACUCAAAAAAUAAAGUUCAUCAUUGAGCAGAACUGACUGAGUUUUCCUUGUGAAAGCUUGUUAUGGAAACCAGACUCAUGAACUACAUGACAUUUUAUUUUAGUAACCAGGUUAGUCAAAAAAAAGAAUAAAUAAAUAAAUAAAACACUGUUUUUAAUGUAAAUACAGUUUCACUUAAAGAAAGAAAACCCUGUCUAUCCUAUGCUCUAAAAACUGUGGCUUUUAAGAUGAUGUAUAUCAUAGUAUUUUAAACAUUUUCAAAAAUGCUUUUCAUUACAAAACACACAAAUUGGAGCUUCAAAAAUAAAAA